UAACUGUACCUGUAGUAUCGUGUUUGAAUUUAGGUGUGCUUAGUGUUCGUUGCGCAGUUGGUUGAAACUAUGACCACUUCGUUAAACUUCAGUUGCGAACCGUCGUCUAGUGCCUCUUUUAUUCUUUCGAUGUAACAUUUUUACCUACGAUACUAAUUAUAAUAAAGUUAAUUUCAAUUAACAUGUGAUUUUUGUUAACUUUGUUCUCGUACGUUUUGUGUUGAUUUCAACGCUUUGAAGGGAGUUUUACAAAAAUAAUAUAGGUCAUUGACACUUGACAAUGUCUUUUUUAUUCAAACGUUUUUGGAAUAUAAGAGUUAUAACUUGCCGUGCUAAAUCUACUGUGUUUACAAGUAAAUCACAAGAUGAUGUAGAUUUUGUUAAGGAAUAUUCGGAACUUCCUGGUCCUAAAGCAUUACCAUUAUUUGGAAAUAGUUGGAGAUUUAUGGCAAUUAUCGGUGAUUACAAAGUUGCUGAAAUUGAUAAACUUUCACUGAGGUUAUGGAAAAACUAUGGAGAUAUUGUGAAAAUCGAAAAAAUACUUGGAAGACCAGAUAUGGUAUUUCUGUAUAAUGCAGAUGAGAUUGAAAAAGUAUUCAGAAACGAAGAGCUCAUGCCACACCGACCAUCUAUGCCAUCAUUAAAUUAUUACAAGCACGUGUUAAGAAAAGAUUUUUUCGGUGAACUAGCCGGUGUUAUAGCUGUACAUGGUCAAAAAUGGUAUGAAUUCAGAACUAAAGUACAACAACCUAUGCUGCAGCCAAGGACAGCAAAGUUUUAUAUUGGAACUAUUGAAGAUACAGCAAUAUCUUUUGUCAACAGAAUAAAAAAGAUAAAAGAUAAAAAUCAAGAAGUUCCAGAUGAUUUUUUAAAUGAAAUUCAUAAAUGGUCACUUGAAUCUAUAGCCAGAGUAGCUUUAGAUCAAAAGCUUGGAUGUCUGGAAGAUGAACACACAGUAGAUUCAGAUACACAAAAUUUAAUUGAUGCUAUAAACAUAUUUUUCGCUAAUGUUCCCGAGUUGGAGUUAAAAAUACCAUUUUGGAAACUAUUUAGUACACCAACUUGGAGAAAGUAUAUAAAAGCAUUGGAUACUAUAACCAAUGUGACAUCCAAACAUAUAAAUCAAUCAUUGGAACAACUAUUAUCUCAAAAAUCAUUUCGAUCUAACAAUCAAUCAUCUUUAUUGCAAAGAGUUCUGAAUUUAGACCCAUCAAAUCCAAAAUUAGCACAGAUACUUUCAUUAGACAUGUUUAUUGUUGGAAUAGAUACGGUAAAAUAUAUAAAAAUGUAUCAUUUACGUAUUUAUGUACCCCUAGAGCAGUAGUGGCCAAACUACGGCCCGCCAUCAUUCAAUAUCUGGCCCGCGAAAGUAUUCUACGUUACAACACUUAUUUGCGUAACUGUAAUAUUUUACAUUUACAUAAAAAAAAAAUUGAAAAUACAUUUUUUUAUGGCCCGAGGUA